AAGCUACCUUAUUUCCCCUGAAUGUUUUUUCCGUCAGAUGUACCUUCGUUAACGAUUUCCGUGAAACUGAUUAACCGUUUUUAAAAAGCAUUGAAAUGUGCAUUUGAAUGUGUUUGAAGAUACGUGAUAUACCACGGUCAUCCUUUCGUAAAGGAUAUCGCAACUCUGUGAUAAUGAGUAACCGUGCUUAUAUUCGCGUGGAACGGCAUGGCCGAGGUUGUUGAACGGCGUAUUCGGGUUCAUCACUAAUACUAUUCAUUUUCUGAGAAGCGGAUUCGGGUAAUGGGAGCGUACAUUCCCGCUCGGUUGAUUUGAUUAGAUUCGAUUUAUUCAGUCAAAAGAACAGUAAAAACUGUGUGACGUAGGGUGGGGGUGGGGGGAAAUAUCAAAAAAAUUGUUUUAAAUCAUAACUGUGACAUUGUAUAUUAUACCGUGCUAUGUUGCAAUGUUGCCGUGCCAAAACGUAGUUUUCAAUUUGUAUUGUAUCAUGAAAAUAGGAGCGAAAAGUCAGAAACAAUUGCAAUGGACCAAUUUAGUCAUAUCCAGCUAGAGAACCUCCUGUUGCUAUGACGACCAGAGGACCGGUGACAAUAAUUCUUUCAAGAUUUGAGAAAAUUCCAGCUUCACUAGUAUUACUCACAUUCUCAUUUUCGAGGCAUCUUUCUACGCUUACUGAAUGGCUAAUCGAUGUGCUGCUCAUAUAAAAUGAAUUCUUGGGGCACAAAAUCUUACAUAACAGCGAUUACCAUUCUCCAUAAGCACGUGUUUAUAACCUUUAAAUAACCUCUACUCUCGGAAAGUUAAGUAUUCCCUGGGUAAAUCAUGAGCACAAGUGAUAUAGAAAAGGCGUUUAAACCUCCUAUUAUAACAGCAUUUGGAAAUGUAUUAUUAGAUAUAGAAGCCAUUAUAAUUGAUGAAAGCAUUAUUAAAAAAUUUGAUUUAGAAGCAGAGGCCCAAAAAGAAAUAGAUGAGGCAGAAUACGUUGUCCUCUUAGAAGAAACAACUACGAAAUGUAAUAUUGCUAUGCGUUGCCCUGGUGGUUCUGCUCAGAAUACUUUGCGAUGGUUUCAAUGGCUUAUACAGCUGCCUAAUUAUUCUGUUAUUUUUGGUGGAAUUGGUACUGAUGAUAAUGGCGAGUUUCUGGAGAGAGCAGUUACAAAAGAUGGAGUGAGAACCAGGUAUGCAUAUCAUCAGGAAUUUAAGACAGGUACCUGUAUAUCAUUCAUUAACGGAAAACGAUCAUUAGUAGCUCAUCUUGGAGCUGCAAAUCACUACAGUGCUAAUGACUUGGACAUUCCUGAAAAUUGGGAAAUUUUGAAAAAUGCUCUUAUGAUUUAUGUUGAAGGAUUUUUUAUUACACAUAGUUUUGAAGUAGCGAUGCUAGUGGCCAGUUUUUGUCACACAAAUGGAAAUUGUUUUGGAAUGAAUCUUAAUGCCCCAUAUGUGUGUCAAAAGUAUGGGGAUCGGUUGUUGAAUUUGAUGCAAUAUGCUGAUAUAAUAUUUGGGCAUUCAAGCGAGUUUCUUGCUUUAAGUAAUUUCAUAAUAUCUCCUGUGAACUCACCUCAAGAUGUUGCUAGUUUCAUUCAGAAGAGAUCUUUAUUGAAAGAGAAGAAAAAAAGAAAGAAAAACAUACCUCCGCUUUUACAAAAUGGACCAAUUAUUAUCAUCACUGCGAGUAGCCAACCAGUUUCAGUAUUUCAAGGACUUUUAGAAGCCCCCUUAGUAUUUCCAGUUCCUCACCUCGACAAAGCCUUCAUUAAAGACACAACCGGGGCAGGUGAUGCAUUUGUUGCUGGCUUUUUGUCUGCUGCCUUUGCGAAUAUGGAUUUGGAAAAAUGUGUUAAAAAUGGUUGUUCAACUUCUCAUAAAAUCAUCCAACAAAUUGGAGUUUCUGUACCUAGUCAUUCUCCUGAAAGGAGUUCAGUGUAAAGAGUAAAAGUGAAGGUUGUAAGGUCAUUAAGUUAAAAUGGUUCUUGGUACUUCUUUAUUCAUUUAUUGAUAUAUAUAUAUAUAUA